AUGCACAAUGUAUUGAAUGAUGUGGUGCAUUCGAAUUGGCCUCCGUAUACGUUUGGGCUCUGCAUAGAAUUAUCUCUUCGUUGUGGGUCACAAAAGCCAUACGCAACGGCGAAGCUGACUGUUUUUCUGAACAGGGAGGAGGUGAAGGCGGCGCUUGGGGCUAAAAAGGAAACGACUUGGAUGGAAUGUAGUAAGGCCGUGAGCCAUGUGAUGAAGAAGGAUAUAAUGAAGAGCGUGAAGUUCAUGGUGGAGGAGGUGGUGAAGAACAGUCGCGUGCUUCUGUAUCAGGGGAUUUUUGAUCUGAGAGUUGGGGUAGCGUCAGCAGAGGCAUGGAUGAAGGAGAUGAAUUGGGAGGGUAUUGGAAGCUUUUUGGAUGCGAAGAGGAGAGUUUGGAGAGUGGAAGGAGAGGUUGCAGGGUACUUGCAGAAAUGGGGAAAUUUGACUCACGUGGUGGUUUCCGGCGCCGGACAUCUUGCUCCUGCUGAUCAGGGGCGGAGCACGCAGGCGAUGAUUGAGGGUUGGGUACUGAAAAGCGGAGAUUUUGGGGAAGAAGAAGAAGAAAAGGAUUUUAGCUUAAGGAGAUCAGAGUGA